UCUACUGUUAACAAUACAGGAAGCAUAUUUGGGCUGAUAUUCAUUUUUCCUAUAAUCAUUAAGGUAAUUCUGCUCCUCACACAGGCCAUGAAUCCAAAAUAAUUAGGUAAUGCUUUGAUGUAACAGUUUGUUGCUCCCAUCAUGUUUAGUUAGGAUACCAACUACUGAACUUUUUAACUGUUUGUUUAAAAUCUACUGAAUUUACAAAAGAACAAAAGCUAGUAUUUCUUCUUUCCCCCAGACUGGGCAUACUUUGGACUAAAAAUUUUGGACGACUGUUAGUUCCAUUAUCAGAAGGAUGACCUCUUCAUACUGGAAUAGUUAGAAUAUUUUAUUGAUACUGAACUGGUGGGCUCCCUCAUCUACGUUAUUUUAGGGAGAAUUCUCAAGACUUGAAAAGAGUUGUGUAGAUACUGAAUAUAUUUAAAGAUGGAGUGAUUGUUAUUGUUCCAUUCUGUAAUGUAUAGCAGACCUGUCUUAAGUAAGACAUCUUUUCUUUGGUUUUGUUUCCUUUAGGUUCAACAUGGCUAGUACAUUCAAAGAAACACCUACACUUGAAGCUUCUUGUUCAGAAAAUGUUGAUGCUAAGCUGACCUUUCUACCUGAAAGACUGAGAAAGAAACUGCUUCCUUUUCAGGAGAAAGGCAUCAUAUUUGCACUUCAGAGAAGUGGCAGGUGUAUGAUUGCUGAUGAGAUGGGGCUAGGUAAAACAAUUCAAGCAAUUGCCAUUUCCUACUACUAUAAACAUGAAUGGCCCCUUUUAAUUGUAGUGCCUUCAUCUCUGAGAUACCCUUGGGUUGAUGAGAUGGAGAAGUGGAUUCCAGAACUCUCUCCAGAUGAUAUUACCAUCAUUCAGAGCAAAACUGAUACUGGGAGAAUAUCAACCAGCAAAGUAACGAUUCUGGGGUAUGGCCUGUUGACUUCUGAUGCACAGACUUUGGUAGACACUUUGUACAGGCAGAACUUUAAGGUAGUUGUGAUUGAUGAAUCCCAUUAUAUGAAAUCCAGAAAUGCCACCCGCAGCAAGAUUUUGUUGCCAAUUGUGCAGAAAGCUCUUAGAGCUAUUCUUCUUACUGGAACUCCUGCUCUAGGAAGACCUGAAGAGCUUUUCAUGCAGAUUGAGGCACUGUUUCCAAAAAGAUUUGGAACUUGGAAUCAAUAUGCCAAAAAAUACUGCAAUGCUCGUGUCAGGUUUUUUGGUAAAAGAACUCAAUGGGACUGUAGAGGAGCUUCAAAUUUAGAAGAGCUACAUCAACUUUUAAGUGAAAUAAUGAUCAGAAGACUGAAGAAUGAUGUUCUAACACAGUUGCCUCCCAAAGUCAGGCAACGUAUUCCAUUUGAUCUCCCUCAAGCUGCAGCUAAGAAUUUGAAUACCACUUUUGCAGAGUGGGAGAGAUUAAUGAGAAAUCUGAAUUCGGAUGCCACUGAAAGCCACUUUUCUCAAGUCAUGAAUCUAAUCACACGCAUGUAUAAAGAAACAGCCAUUGCCAAGGCAGGAGCAGUAAAGGACUAUAUCAAAAUGAUGCUUGAAAAUGACAAACUGAAGUUUCUAGUUUUUGCUCACCACUUAAGUAUGCUUCAGGCCUGUACGGAGGCAGCUAUAGAAAAUAAGGUUCGCUACAUACGAAUAGAUGGAAGUGUUCCUUCUGCAGAAAGAAUUCAUCUUGUUAAUCAGUUUCAGAAGGAUCCUGAUACCCGGGUUGCUAUUCUGAGUAUUCAGGCAGCUGGUCAGGGUUUAACUUUCACUGCUGCUACUCACGUUGUGUUUGCUGAGUUAUACUGGGACCCGGGCCAUAUAAAGCAAGCAGAAGACAGAGCACACCGAAUCGGGCAGUGCAGUUCUGUGAAUAUUCACUUCCUUAUUGCAAAAGGAACGAUGGACACUCUUAUGUGGGCAAUGCUGAAUCGCAAGGCCAAAGUCACAGGCAGCACCUUGAAUGGCAAAAAAGAGAAAAUGCAGGCUGAAGAAGGUGAUAAGGAGAAAUGGGACUUUUUGAGUUUUGCUGAAACCUGGACCCCAAAUGAAAGUCUAGAAGAUCCCAAAAAUGAACUUUUAUUUACACAUUUUGAAAAGGAAAGACAGCAUGACAUACGUUCUUUCUUUUCCCCAAAAUCCUCCACUGAGAAGAAACGCAAAAUAUCUUCUUGUAAUGAAUCAUCACAUAAUGAUUCAGAAUCUUCGGAAGUCACAAAAGAAGAGGGUGCCGAGAAGAGCAAUGAAAACCUGGAUUCCACGAGCAUAAGUGAUGUGGAUACAAUUUGUCAUGAAAGUUCCUGUGAACAUGAAGCAAAAAGACCAAGAAGCAUGAGUGCAUCUACUCCAGUCAGCUCCAGUAAGAAAAAGAACAACUUUUUGACUGGAAAAAAACAGCCUUUGUUUUCAGAAAAAAACAAUGAAGUUCUUCCUUGUGGCUUAGAUACUUCAAGCAAAAGUACAGCUUUAAAUAAAGCUUGGCACUGCAGUGUUUGCACUUACAGUAAUAAUGCAUUGCUCCCAUACUGUGAAAUGUGCAAUUCCCCUCAAAGCAGCAAUGUUGAGAGAAACUGUGAAGCUCCCAUGAGCCAGACUGAGGAAGUUGAGUCAAAGGCCUCCAGGAGAACUGAAGAGAGAGCAGAGCACAAUGCUGAAGAUAGAAGUGAAGAUUUCGGGGAAACGGUGACCCAGGAAUCUGUUGAAAUGAGUGAACAGGAAACUAUUGAAACUGAAAAUGAAGAAAGUGAAAAAAAGAGUGGAAAAGGAGAAGUAGAUAAAUCAGACACUUAUCCAGUAUAUGAUGGGCUUAUGUUUUGUGCAAGCAGGAAUACUGAUAGAAUUCACCUCUAUACAAAGGAUGGUGAACCACUGAAUCAUAAUUUCAUCCCAUUGGACAUACAGCUGGAUAACUGGGAGGAUUUACCAGAAACUUUCCAGCAGAAACAAAAUCGUUUAUUGAUCCUGAGGUUUGUGAGGGAGUGGAGCCGUCUCACAGCAAUGAAGCAGAGGAUUGUCAGAAAGAGCGGCCAGAUAUUUUGUAGCCCUCUUCACGCUGCCGAGGAGUUGUCUAAGAAGCAGUCAACGCUCAGCAGCACCAAAAGGUAUGUGACCAAGGAGGACGUCGCAGCAGCCUCGCUGAGCAAAGCCAGCAGCAGCGGGGGCAGCGUGCGCCUCAUCUCCAAAGAAGGUGGGGUUUGUCUGAAGAAUGAAGGUGCUUCUAUUGAACAAUCGGGUCAUUCCACAAAGCUGCUUUCGGAAAAUGGAGAAGAUCUGUCAGCUCUUCAACAGGAGCAGAGGGAGGCUGAAGGCUCCUCCCCACCCAAGGGCUAUCUGCAAGCCCUGGACAGCCAAGGGAACCCGCUCUGCCUCAGCUGCCACCAGCCAGCGGGACGGCCGGAGCCAGGCUGCCGUGCCUGGGACACGCGGUUCUGCUCUCACGCCUGCCAGGAGGACUUCUCCAUCCGCUCCAGCCAGAGCUACCUCAGGACUAAAGUGUUUGAGAUCGAACGCGGCGUUUGCCAGUUUUGUAAGCAAAACGCCCAGGAGCUUUAUCUCAGCAUCAGAGACGCGCCCAAGGGUCGGCGUAAGGAGCUGCUGGAGAGCUCUUGGCUGUCUCACCUCCCACUGGGGCAGCUGAAUGAAAUGAUAAGGAGCCCAGCAGAAGGCCAGUUCUGGCAGGUGGACCACAUCAAGCCCGUUUACAGUGGAGGAGGACAGUGCUCCCUGGAAAACCUUCAGACGCUGUGCACGCUCUGCCACAGAGAGAGAACUGCCAAACAGGCCAAGGAGAGAAGCCAGCUGAAGAGACGCUCCUUGGCUACAAAGUACGGCUGCGACAUCACAAAAUUUUUCAUGAAGAUGUAAAACGCAAGGUGUGUUUGUUUAUGCUGUAACGCGGAAACCAGUGGUGUUACAGUGUCUUCCUCCUGCACCCAAAUCCUUGUAUCACGCUGUUGGUAGAGGGAAGAAUGUAUGGAAUUAAAACCAAGGAAUCACUAAUAACACUGAUUGUCGGAGGGGCUUGGGUGAGUACAUCCAAGGUAUUGAUCAUGGUUAUAUUUUUAUGACCUGGCGGUGUAAAGCUAAAUUUCUCUGUGUAACCUUAAUGCAAUUUUGAAGCAUUGGUGUUUUCCUGUUGCAAUGGUGUUAGACCUGCAGGAAUUUGAGGAAAUUUGUUGAAACUUCUGUUGGUCUUAACAGGGUUCAGCUGUACUGGGGACACUAUAGACCAAGAAGGUAUCUUAGUUCAAAUUAUUUUCUUUGUUCACGUAUCAUAAUUAUUGCAGAAAAUACAGGCUCUGACAGCUGUUGUGACAAAAAUAGCACAAGUGAGUGAGAGAUUGGUCUUUUCUAAAACUGCCUCACACCCACAAACCAUCAAUAGCUCUGAUCAGCCCUGACAGGCCGACUGCUGGCACUGGGUCUGACCUACAGGGCUGACAUUUAGAAUUAACGGCUGUUGAAAUCUGUUUUUAUGUAAACCAGCUUGUAUUAAAACCUUAUUUCUGAUAAGGAACAAUACAUAUUACCAAUUAUCUCAUCAAAGGUAGUUUCUGGGGAAUGCUGGAGUCCCAUUCUCUGUUAUAAGGUUGCAAAGAUAGUGGUUAUUUUGGACUGUUCAUGUGGCUUUACGGUUAUUUCAAAUAAAUACAUUUGUUUUUUC